AUGGCUUCUGUGAAUGUAGAGGGUCCAGUUGUGAAGUCUGUCCAAGAACUCUCCAUAAAUGGAGUUGAACCGCCACACUAUUACAUCAGGCGAGAAGAUGACCGGCCUGUCAAAGCUUCUGCUCCUACCUCUCCAAUUCCGGUCAUUGAUCUUGUGCUUCUCUUCUCAGACUCUAAAGAGAAAGAGAUGGAGAAACUCAGACAUGGGUUUUGGUAUUUGCAGACAGUGGGCCAUGGGAUCCCAAGCUCUUUGCUUGAUGAGGUGGGCAAGAUAGCAAAAGAAUUCUAUAAUCUUCCACCCGAGGAGAAAAGAAGAUACUCCACCGCAGUAGCAAAUGAGGAUGGUGAGGAAGGGUAUGGGAAUGAUGAUCAAAUUCCUGCAGAAAACCAGAUUAUAGAUUGGUCUGAUCGUCUCUAUCUCUUAGUACUGCCGGAGGAUCAAAGGAAUACUACUCACUGGCCAGACAAUCCCACCACUUUCAGAACGAUAAAUGAUUAA